AGAUAUUGGAGAUAUUAGUAGCAGCUGAUGAAUUAUUAUUAAAGGUUUUAUUGGAUUAUAUUCAAGAUCAUUUGAUGAAUUUUACUUAUGCCAAUAUUAAAAGGGAUGAUUUAGAUAUGGUAGAAGAAGAUGUAUGGGAUCAAGUUAUUAAAUGGGGAUUAGCACAAAAUCCUUCAUUUGAUGUGAACUUGAGAGAAUGGGAUGCAAAAGAAUUUCAAGCAUUAGCAUUAACAUUACAAGAAU